AUGACAAUGAAGGAAGCUCCAGAUGGCAUGAGAGCCGAGCUUGAAACUCAAGCUUCAAUUGACGCGGCAUGGGAUUCUUCUGCUAUCAAACGGCGCCUGUCCAUCAGCCAACCAGAACCCGAGCCUCCGGUAAUACCACAUACAUCAACCGAUAGACAGCAUGCAGCAGCUCAUGAUGAAGCCAUCAGCAUCGAUGCCCUGGAGGCAGAGAGAAAGAUCAUUGCUGAAGAACCUGAGAAAGAGGCUUUAUUAGAAGAGAAAGAAGAGAAGCAGACCAUCCUAUAUCUUGCAUACGGCUCGAACAUGUGCGCCCAAACAUUCCGGAAGACUCGCAAAGUCACGCCUCUUUCACAAGUGAACGUCUACGUACCAAAUCUCUCUCUUACGUUUGAUCUUCCUGGAGUUGCAUACCUCGAGCCAUGCUUUGCGGGAACACAGUAUCGCAACCAAAAAAAUGGCAUGCCGAUUUACCCCGACAGACCCCAACAAGCUAGCGACGGGGAUGGCUUGUGGCAUAAACCACUUGUUGGGGCUGUAUAUGAGGUUACUCUGAAGGAUUAUGCGCGGAUAAUAGCUACAGAGGGUGGUGGCUCGUCAUAUGUUGAUGUUGUCGUGGAUUGUCACCCGUUUCCUGGAGAUUAUGAUCCGGAAAAGCAAGUGCCUGACAUACCAGAUACCGAACCGUUUAAGGCCCAUACCCUUCUCUCUCCUGCCACUGCUGGAAAGAGCUCUGGUUGUGGGACUGGAAACAUAAAGAAAUCAUCUUUGUUAAACGCCAGAUUCAAUAGAAGUUGGCCUAACUAUGCACGACCUUCACCACGAUAUAUGAACCUUCUCAUCACAGGUGCGAAGGAACAUGAUUUACCAUCGGAAUACCGCCAGUAUCUUGCCUCUAUUGAACCCUAUCGACCUACAACUGUCAUGCAACGUGUAGGCCAAUUCAUAUUUGGUUUAGUCUGGCUCCCCCCUCUACUCAUCAGCCUUAGGCUUAAUGCAUUGUUUGCGAAUAAGGAUGGGAAAACACCAGGAUGGUUAGCUGUGUUUCAGCGUGCUGCUUUUGCUGGAUCUUGGAUGAGCUAUGAUUUGAUUUUCAAAUACAUAUUCGGAGAUGGUGAACGCACAAUACCAAAAUACGCUUCUGGUGUGAAGUUAGAAUAA